AGGGGAGAAUCCUGAUUCGGAGAUCAAAGCCCUUUCCCUGACUGUUAUAUCAGAAUGCUAAAAGAUUCAUGGCAUUCAACGGCUGAUCAAUCACUUACAUACGGUGCAGAUUUCGAAGAUUAAAAUACGAUCAACGGCUAUAAGGUUCGGAUCACAGUAACUCUACACGUCUCUCAUAGCUUUUCACCAUCUUCUUCUCCUUCUUCCUCUCUCUCUCCUCAGAGGCGUAGGUUAGCAAAAAAAAAAGGCCAUUAAUGGAUCAUUCUUACGGAGGCGGAAGCUGGUCGAUGAUCCCAAACAUUCCGGUCCACAGUAACCCCACUACACCCUCCAACUCCAAUCAGGACCAUCUAUAUCUCCAACAACAACAACAAUUUCAUCAGCAACAACAGCAGUUUUAUCAGCAACAAUCACAGCAACAAUUUCAACAACAGAAACAACAAUUACAGCAGCAGCAGCAGCAGCAACAACAACAACAACAACAACAACAGCAGCAGCAGCGUUCUCAGCAACAACACCAAUCACUGGCUUCUCACUUCCAUCUCCUUCAAUUGGUAGAGAAUUUAGCAGACGCCAUUGAAAACGGAACUCGGGAUCAAAAUUCUGAUGCUUUGGUUACUGAUUUGAACAACCACUUUGAGAAAUGCCAGCAGUUGCUAAACUCAAUAUCAGGAUCAAUCAAUGCAAAAACAAUGACAGUUGAGGGGCAAAAGCUCAAGUUUGAGGAGAGCGAACAAUUGUUGAAUCAACGGAAGGAUCUCAUUGCCAAGUAUAGAAACUCUGUUGAAGAGCUAAUCAAGGCCGAACCAUAAUUGCUCGUCAUCUUUCUAGAUGGGGUAGAUGCUGAUGUUAACAAAUGCAAAGCAGCUGUUGAACUUUGCCAAUUUGGAGGAAGACAAGCUAUUCAGAAAGGUUUACUACUCUCUCUGUGCACAUGGGUCUAGGAUAGUAGAAGAUUCUCAUAAUUGUGGCAUUUGAUUUGCAUUCCUUGGCCACUGGACAGAUUCUUUUUGCAAUGAAUAAAUUUGAAAUGCUUUAUAAUUAUUUUGGUGAUGCCUCCUUAUAAUUUCUGCCAUUUGAGGCUAUGGAGGGUCGAUCAUCAUCAUUUGUGUAUACAAGGCAUCUUCAGAGGGCAUAGUUGGUGUGCAAGUCUAGAUUUGAAAUGUGAAAUUCCAGAUUUUAUAGAAAUUGCAUGGAUGAGUUCAGUAA